UUUCACAGGGACUCGCGGGCCCAGAAAAAACGCGCCCGUGGGGGUUAAAACCACUUUUUUUUUUCAUUUUUUGACUUCAAUUUGGGUUUUUUUUGGCUGGAGCAGGUUAGAAGGGUUUGGAGGAGUAGAGGGAAGAAGGAAAAAUCAGCAAGAGAGAUCUAGCAAUGGCAAGUUCAACUCCAAGGGCAACCCCAAGGUCAGGAAGACAAAGAGAUAAAGCUUGGAAAUAUGGGAUUGCAGGAAGCAAAAAGGGGGAGGUCACUUGCACCGAAUGCACAAGAUGGAUGACUGGUGGAAUCAAUAGAUUAAAAUACCACCUUGCACAAAUACCUGGAUAUGGUGUGGAGGCAUGCCCCAAAUCAACUCCUGAAAUUAUUAGAGAGAUGAAGGCCAUUCUUGCUGAGAAUGAUAUGCAUAAGGAAGAAAGGCAAAAACCAAGAGAAGCCAUAGCAGCUGCAAUGAAUCCCACAUUGUCCACUUCGGGUCCCAUUGGUCAUAGUCGGGGUCGUCUGUCACUUUCAUCUUUUGGUGACAAUGAGGGUGAGGCUAGUGGCACUCCUGUUAGAUCAGACCCUAAUUUUUUUGUACCACGCAAUGUUCCAGGUGCACAACCUUCACUUGAAGGUACAGGAUGGAAUAAAGAGAAGCAUGAACAAGCACGGAUAGCAGCUUCAAACUUUUGGUUUUACAAUAAUCUAUCUUUCAAUGCAGCAAACAAUGUGUAUUGGGAAAGUUUUGUUAAUGCAUGUACAGUGGCGGGUAAGGGGUUUAAGGCCCCAACAGGUCAUGACUUCAGUGGGCCAUUGCUAGAGAAAGCUGUGAAAAAUACAGAAGGUGUGGUUGAUGAUCAGAAAAGGUAUUGGAAGAGAAAAGGAUGCAGCAUUUUAUCUGAUGGAUGGACAGAUGGACGGAAUAGGACUCUUCUCAACUUCUUGGUGGCUUCAAAUGGUGCAAUGGUAUUCAUAAAGUCUGUUGAUGCCUCAAAUGAAAUAAAAAAUGCAGAGACUUUGUGUAAUCUGUUGGAUGGUGUGGUUCGAGAAGUUGGAGUUGAGAAUGUUGUCCAAAUUAUCACGGACAACGCAGCUGCAUAUGUAUCUGCAGGUAGAAUGCUUAUGCAGAGGCAUCCUUCGAUUACAUGGAGUCCUUGUGCUGCACAUUGCUUGGACUUGGUGCUAGAGGACAUUGGGAAGAUUGGAUGGGUGAAGAAGGUGGUUGAAGAUGCAAAAAGUGUCACCAAAUUCAUCUACAACCAUACUUGGGUGCUUGCUUUGAUGAGAAAAUACACAAAUGGCAAGGACCUUGUGCGACCUGGAGUGACACGAUUUGCUAGCCACUUCAUCACUUUGCAGAGCAUUCUUAGUGCCAUUCCUCAUCUUAAGCAGAUGUUUGUGUCAGAUGCUUGGUUGGGGUCUGCAUACUCCAAAAGACCUGAAGCAGAGAAGAUUGUGACCAUUGUUUUUGAUGAUGGGUUCAAUAAAAGUGGAGAGGAGUUGACUGCGGUGACAGAACCUUUGGUGAGGGUUCUUCGUAUGGUGGAUGGAGAGGGCAUGCCAAUGGGUUUCAUUUAUGAGGCCAUGGAUAGGGCCAAAGAGGCCAUUUCACAUUACUAUCGUGGAAAUGCAAGAAAAUGUGAAAUCUUUUGGCGCAUCAUUGAUCGUAGGUGGACAAACCAACUCCACCAACCGAUACAUGCCUUCGCCUACUUUUUGAACCCGAAAUUCUACUUCUCUGAUUCAUUUAGGGCUGAUGAGGAGGUCAUGGCAGGUGUUAUUACAUGCAUUGAUAAGAUGACACCUGAUCCUGAGUUGAGAGACAAGGUUCUUGAUGAGUUGGAGAUCUACAAAAGUGCAGAGGGGAGACUCUUCUCAUCACAACUAGCAAUUGAUAGGAGAGGAAAACAACAACCAGGUAAAACAUUUAGUAACUUAGUUCAAUAG